GAGGGAAACCAGAAAGAGAGGGGCGUUAGGCAUAAACCAAAGAAAGGCAAAGAGCAAUCGGAAAAUUUUGAAGCUUACAACGAAAACGACAUGUCCUGCAGUAUAGCGUCAACGAUACCAAACUCACCAAUAUUUCAAUCACCGAGACUUCCUUCGAUAUUUUGCAAGCCAUGUCCAUGUCCAUCUCCCAGCACCAUCCACGGUCCACAAUCCCCGGCAUCAUCAUCGUCUUUACCGCUGCCACCUUCCUUACCGUUGCCACCGUCUUUUUUAUCAUCGUCUUCGUCGUCGUUGUCCUCACCGAAGUCACCUUUAUCUCUUCGAGUUAAUAACGAGACAAUAUUAGAAACAAAUACAGAUACUUUGUUGAAGAGAAAGAGGCCGGGAAGGUUAAAUAUACCGGUGGCGGGAGUUCCGGGGUUUGGUUUAGAGACCUCAAAAGGAGAAGAGGAGAGAGUGGAGGCUGUAGAAGUCGAAGGAGAUGGUUAUUCUGUUUACUGUAAAAGAGGAAGGAGAGGUGGGAUCAUGGAGGAUCGGUACUCUGCUUUCGUUGAUGUUAAUGGAGAUUCUAAACAGGCUUCGUUUGGUGUUUUUGAUGGGCAUGGAGGGCCAAAAGCCGCUGAAUUUGCAGCAAAGAAUUUGAGUAAGAACAUCAUGGAUCAAGUUUCUAGUAGAUGUUUAGAAGGAAUUGAAACGGCAAUUAAAAAUGGCUACUUGACCACAGACGAAGAGUUUUUAAAACAAAAUGUUAACGGUGGUUCUUGUUGUGUGACUGCAUUGAUACAUCAAGGCAACCUCGUGGUUUCAAAUACUGGUGAUUGUCGUGCAGUUAUGAGUCGAAAAGGGGUCGCUGAGGCUCUGACGUCUGAUCACCAACCUUCCCGCAAAGAUGAAAAGGACAGAAUUGAAGCCUUGGGUGGCUAUGUAGAUUGUUGCCAUGGUGUGUGGAGGAUUCAAGGGUCUCUUGCUGUAACGAGAGGAAUUGGAGAUAGACGUCUUAAACGAUGGGUGAUAGCAGAACCAGAAACCAAAGUUUUAAAGAUUAAACCCGAAUGUGAGUUUUUGAUCUUAGCCUCAGAUGGUCUCUGGGACAAGGUUACUAAUCAGGAGGCAGUAGAUGUAGCUCGCCCUACAUGCAUAGGCGUUGAUAAGCCGGAUCCCUUCUCUGCUUGUAAAAAGCUAGCUGAGUUGUCAUUAAAGAGGGGCUCAAUUGAUGAUACAAGUGUGAUGAUAAUUCAAUUAGAUCGCUUUGUUCCAUAACUUUGCCUUUAGGAGCUGAACUCUGGAGAAUAUCGGUGAAUUCUGCUAGUGUUCCUUAAAAGAAACCUGCAGUCUCAGAAGUUGGGAGGCCAGCUCUUCAAAAUUUUAUCUUCGCUGAGAAGGCAGUUAGUUUGGUUGAUGAUCACAUUCAACAGGUGCUGUGGUAUAGGAAUAGGAGGGCCAGAUUCUUGUAAAUUGUUGUAUAUGCAAAGCUAGUUCUACUGAAUCAGUUUUCUAUGAAGUAAAACUGAAGUAAUAGCCUUUAGCCUUGUACUCGAGUUCUCAAAUACGCAGAAAUUAAUUAAUCUUAGAUUAAUAAAAACGUUUUAAUUAUAA